CAAAGGCAAUGAAUUGAUCAGACAAAGGACUGCACAUAGAUGGAAUCGUUGAAUGGUGAAAAUCCUACUGAUGGAGUCACAACCAUUUGCACGAGAUCGCUCAGUAAUAUGAACUAACGAUCGUUGAGGGGUUUAUACAUGUUUGAACUGAUGUUAGCAUCUAAUUGUAGCACGACUGUCCCCUUAUUCUCGGAUUGCCAUUGACGCCUUUGUCCAGCUGAGCCGAGUUGCUACUGCCAGUCGCAGGUCUCAGCAAUUGGCCAGGAUAUAAAGAGCCGUCCCUCUUGCUGCUCGCACCCCAAUCACUCCUUCCACAACACUAUCCCAAUCCAGACCGUUUCCCUCUUCCCUCCAUCCUCCUCAUCCCCACUUCCUAUCUAUCCCUUCCCACACCCUAUCACAGACUCUAAUCAUGGCUUCAGGACGCUCAACUCAUAAGCAUAGUCCACGAGUCUCAUCUCCUCUUGCCAUCCUCACCCGUCCCCGCCGACGCACUCGUCGCGCCAUGAUGGCAGCCCCCAAAUCCAGCCCCAAGUCCUUCCUUCUUGCCGCUGUGGCCUCUCCUAAACUCACUGCCACCGCUGCCCACUCUUACCGCCUCACUCUCUCGGGACUUGUGUUCCUCAAGGACUCCCCAGCCCCCCCUCUUGACCCUCACCACCGGGCUGUCUGGAUGACCAUCCAUCACCGCGCAGCUCCCGGUGCCGCCCCAGUCUCUGCCUCUCUCAAGCGCCGCCGGGCUGAUGAUGAUGACCAGGGACCACCGAAGAAGCGCCGCAAGUGA